AUGGCCGAAGAUUUAGCGGAGAAUAAAUUGGCGGCGCUGGAGGCAGAGGUUGCAGCACUCGAAAAGAGGCUAGAGAUUCACACGAACUCCAAAUCAAAUGAAACCCCCGAUGCCUCUGUCUCGAAAGAUAACAAGACAAAGGACGAAGGAGAGGACAGUAUUCCGAGCAAGGUUCCGAGAAAGGAAUCCCUUGUGCAGGAAGAUUACGCCUUCACCCUACGCAAGUUUAUCUCCGACGACCCGAGCGAUGACAAUAACAGUGAGAUUGAGAUCGAGAGCCCGGCAUUAUGGGAGCUCAUGAAGAAGUGCGUGGAAGGCUACCCUUACCACAUAUACCAAGGCAAUCUUCCAAAGACGCUUGACGCGCCCUUUGAAGCAAUAAUCUUCAACUGGGAUAAUCUACUCAAGGCCACACAGAUUGCGAAUAAUGCCGAUCAGUUGGCUCGGGAUGAUCUUAGAGCCUUGUUGGAAAUUAUCGACAAUGGGACCGGAUCUUUGAAAUUGGAUAAUUAUCUCCGGAAACGACGAUCGCUAAUGGAACAGAAACUAAUCACUUUCGAAGCGCUGUGGACCCUAUUUCCUCCAGGAUGCCUGGUAUAUGGCAAGGUAUUCCAGGAUCAGGAUCAAGUGUUCAUCGUCGAGGAUAAUACCAGACCGUGGCCAUCUCGAGACACCUUUGAUCUAAAGUGCUGGGCCUACGACUGGGACGGAUACCAGUUCAAGCGCCUUCCGCUCCGGCUAAAGUUUGACUCCUUCGAUGACGAAAAGCCAAUCAACUCGCUACCGUAUUAUCCCCUGAAGUUCAACGAAGAUUCUGAUGGACUUAGAUCAAAAUUGAUGCAGCGAGGAAUGAAGUACAGGAAGCUGUGCACCGCCAAAUCCGGGUCACAAAUGUUUGAGUACCUGGGCCAAGCGAGUUUUUUGAAGAAAGGAUUUUCCGGUCUCCAGGGCCUCGAUGAGGCGGAUAGCGAGCCAGAGAGUGAUUUCAUAUCCCGGGACAUUUACGGCUUUCCUUCAAAGCCAUCCAGUAGUGGGCAUUUCAAAAAGUCGGUCGAGGUGCGAGGUCGAAUCAUGGUAGACUUCCAGUCUUAUUUCCGUUACGGGCUCGGAGUGGCCAGUAUUGGCGAUCUCAUACCCGACGAAGAUCAUACGGAAUGCCAGUGUUCCUCUUGCCACACGAACGUGUCACUUCAAGCGGCCUUUCGGUCCCAUUUUGACGGGGCUAACACGGAAGGAAGCCAAUGGGACCCAGAGCAAUUCCUGGUCUGUCCUCCACGAGUGCUGGGGUAUAUUCUGCAUGAGAAGCAAUGGGCCCAGCUGCAAGUAGACUCGGUAUCUGAGGUUGCCGCAGAGAGUCACAGCGCCUGGUCUAACGGGCUCAAGCUUGCCAGCCAAGCCACAAAGAAAAUGAUCCUAGAUCUAGUCACGGGUCAUGGCCAAAAGGGUCUGGAAGUAGAGGAUAUCGUUGAAAGUAAAGGGAAGGGCUUAGUGAUCCUGCUCUACGCCCCCCCCCCGGGUGUUGCUGAUGUGGGCACCUCCGCGAAACACGUCGAAGCUAACUUAGCCAGGAUCUUUGCGUUGGCUACAACCUGGCAAGCUAUUAUUCUCAUCGACGAAGCAGAUGUUUUCCUCCAGAGCCGAUCGCUCGGAUCUGGCUUUGGAAGCAACACCGAGAGAAACGCACUCGUCUCCGUAUUUCUCCGCGUCCUUGAAUAUUACCAGGGGAUUUUAAUGUUGACUACGAAUCAAAUUGCUCAAUUUGACGUAGCCGUCCACUCGCGCAUCCAUGUUGCGAUCAAAUACGAGGAGCUCAAUGAAACCCGCGCGAUGUCGAUCUUCAAGAAUUUCCUGACCCCGCUGGAAGACAAGGGAAUGAUACAGAGUCAGUCAGAUAUCCUGGACUGGUUGGAGGGGGAUAUUCACCGCAUGAAGUUCGAUGGCCGCCAGAUCCGAAAUGUGGUGACUUCGGCUUGCAGUCUUGCUAGAGCGCAGGGAAAGACCAGGCUGGAAAAGCAACAUCUCUUGGCAGUGGUGGAUAACGUCAAGGACUUUAAAAAUGAGUUCGUUAGACAGUACGAGGGGUAUAAGUUAAUGCAGAAGGGUUCCGCUUAG